GUAGCCAUAGUGGUUUAUACACAGUGAGUGGGUGACAACAUUAAAACGUAGUGUGGGAUACAGGACAGUCUCUCUCUUUACUUCGGACUCUUUCUUUCCCUUGCUUGACACUCUGCUACUAACACACUUUUUCCUGGACUGGUUUUUUCCGUGUCCCCAGUGUGUUCUGUGUACCUAGUUCCCUGGCAGUAUAUUGUCACCUGGAAAGCACUGGACUGGCUGCAUUACUUUGGUAUUGGCCCGAGUGUGGAGACUAUUCAGCCUGACAAUAGGGAGAUACACUGCCGGCCACUCAAGUAUUGCUGCUGCUGCUGCUGCUGACUAGCAUUAAGGAUAGCUGCCCACUGAGGAACUGGAGAGCUGCCUCACUCCCAACACCACUCUCUUACAGUGCAGCCGUGUGUACUCUCUCUUCACUACUAUACUUUGGAUACUGGGCCGCUGAUUUGACGUGCAUGUGCUACUGCUAAUGUGGGCUGCUGCUCUUGUUCUCUCCCCCUUAGGUAGCUCUUAGUGAACCACCGGUCACCUCAUCACCUUCUCUCUAUCUCUCUGCUCCGUCUUCAUAUGGAAAAUAGACCCUCAGACGACCUGAUGUCCAGUUCACCCAUGAUGACCAAUGGGACUGGGCUGAGCCCUCAACAGGUCCCUAAUGCUGAUAAUGAUGCAAAAAAGGUCAAACUGGAGCAACCCCCACAGGAAAUUUCACGUGUGAUUCAUGUCAGAGGCAUUCCAGAAAAUGCUACUGAAGCUGAGAUCGUCCAACUUGGAAUUCCCUUCGGCAAGGUUACAAAUGUGCUGCGAGUCAAAAAGAGCCAGGCCUUUCUGGAGAUGGAAACUGAAGAUAGUGCAUGUGGAAUGAUAAAGUACCAUUCCACCUCUAACACUGCAUUGAUCAGGGGCAAACACGUCUUUAUACAGUUCUCCAAACACAAACAGUUGGUCGUGGACCAGAUCAACUCACCACAGAAUGCAAGUGCUAAAGCAGCAAUUUUGGCAGCAAGUGAAAUGUCCAAUGAUAUCCCCCAGUCCGACAGCACACGAUCCAUCCUCCGAGUCAUCAUAGAGAAGUUACUGUACGGAGUCGAUGUCUCAACCCUGCAUACAAUAUUCAGCAGAUUUGGAUUUGUGACAAAGAUCAUCACCUUUACAAAGAACAAUACAUUCCAGGCCUUAAUCCAGUUUCAAGAUUCAAUUUCUGCUAAAACAGCAAAAUAUUCACUAGAUGGCCAGAACAUCUACAAUGGGUGCUGCACACUGAAGAUUGACUUCUCCAAUCUCUCAAACCUGAACGUAAAAUACAACAAUGACAAGUCCUAUGAUUUCACAAAGGUGAACCAGCUAUGUGCUGGAGAUGCCACAGUCCAGCGACACACCCCAGGGAUGCUGGGAGGGGUCGGAGGAAUGGGAGGAAUGGGAGGAAUGGGCGGAAUGAGCGGAAUGAGCGGAAUGGGAGGAAUGGGAGGUGUUGGUGGCAUUGGAGGAAUGCAAGAGUCCCUUCGAGUGAUGGGGGGUAUGGGAGGUAUGGGAGGAUUAGGAGGGAUGGGAGGUGCCCAGGAUCUUAUGACGCAGGCGUUGAUGCCGGGGAUGGGAAGCGCUCCACUAACAGCCUACGGGGCCGGUGCGGCGGCGGCUAUGGGAGGCACGCCUGUAUAUGGUACAGAUACCCCACACACUGCUAUCUACCGUAAUUACCCUGCUUCAAACUUUGGCCCAGGUGUGCAAGCUCAAAUGCCCCAGCUGGGUAACUACAGCUUUGCUAACCCAGCCCUGACCGGGAUGGCUAUGGGAGGACUGCCUUGUGGAAACAGUGUGCUGUUGGUGUCUAAUUUGAAUGAGCAGAUGGCCACGCCAGAUGCUCUCUUUACCCUUUUUGGGGUAUAUGGGGACGUACAUAGGGUGAAGAUACUAUAUAACAAAAAGGAUAACGCUCUGAUUCAAAUGGCCGAACCGUUCCAAGCUCAACAAGCACUGCAAUAUCUAGACAAAUUCAAAGUGUGGGGCAAACAGAUCCGGGUGGCCGCCUCCAAACACAGUGUGGUACAGAUGCCGAGGGAGGGACAACCGGAUGCUGGCUUGACAAAAGACUUUACCAAUUCUCCACUGCAUAGAUUCAAACGACCAGGAUCCAAAAACUGUUUGAACAUCUUUCCACCAUCUGCUGUGCUCCAUCUCUCUAACAUUCCACCCAAUGUCACAGAAGACGAGAUCACGGACCGUUUCAAGGAGCAGGGUACAGUAGCAGCAUUCAAAUUUUUCCCGAAAGAUAGAAAAAUGGCUCUCAUCCAAAUGAGCUCUGUUGAGGAAGCAAUUGAGGCACUCAUAAGCUUGCACAAUGUCCAGCUAAGUGAAAACAACCAUCUGCGAGUGUCCUUCUCCAAGUCUACAAUCUAAAAUGCCCAGAGCUUGUGAACCAGAUGUUAAAUAUUAAAAUAACUUUUUUUUCUGAUUUAUACAUGACAUUAUAAGAAAUAAUAUUUAUGUCAAGCUGUCCCUGUUUAGAGUUAUCUCCCAUUGGAAAGUGUAUCGGUAAAAAGUGCCUUUUUGUGUAUUUUCAAUAUUUACAGAGUCAUGAGAAUCCUGGUUAUUUUACACAGCGUGUUCAGGGCCAUCAUUCUGUAUGUGCAAUUAUUUGGACUUUUUUUAUGUUUAGGAACUUAAGUUUGUUAGAAAUUUAUUAGAAAUUUCCAUGAUUUAAACAUGUCUACUUGAGGUAAACAGAAAUAGUCUUUGCCCUCCUUUGAUUAGUUACUUAGCUCUGUAAAAUGGCAUACAACAUUUUCUUCGGUCUGUGGGAUCAUUAAUGAAAUAAGAUAUACAUGCCGAAAGUGACAUAUCAUGUGGAAGGUAUUUUUUGUUGGUUAUAUUUUGAACUGUUCACCCCCACUUUACACAUGAUAUGGGCCUUUGGAGUUUGAUUUGUAUAUUUUGGAUCUGCCAUUGUAGUCAAAUGAGCAAGAUUGCAUUUCCUGUUUUUUGAAGAAUUCCUACUUAUCGUCCUUAUCCCUGCCUUUAUAUGUCAAGCUAGCGACACUAGAUGGCAGCACUGGGAUGACGAGACUGACCAACACAGAUAACAUACUGCACAUGCAUCGCCCAUGUUGCCAUGGAAACUUGAUAACUGCUGCUGCUGCAAAUGGUGGGCGUAAUGGGUGGAUCAGUGUUUGGGAUAGACAUAUUGUUUAUUGUUAAUGACUUUGAUAAUCAAAUAAAUUGGUUUAUUUUUUAUUUUAGAAUAUUUUUUAUCACGAUGAAUGUUUCAUUUGUUGCGUGUAUUUACAGUUGAGUCUGGAACACCAAGUUUAAGUCGGAACUUCAGUUCCACUUUAACAGUUUGAUGUUAUUUUUGCACUUAUCCUUCAUUACCCAUUUUAUUGGUAGCCACUGGAUUCCUGGCCAAGGAGUGCUAAUUGUAUGUUUGUUUGAAGGAUAGCCUUUUGUGUUUUCUAAAUAUUAUUGUUAGAAAUCAUUUGUCCCAGACAUUUAUAUAUAGUUGAUAUACUCCUAAGAAAUCCAUUAUUGACAAUUGAAUCCUAUAUUUAUAUGUGUGGUUCUCUUGUGUUGAAAGCUCCUUGGCCAAGAAUUGAUGGUGUACUGCAUCAUUUUUUCCUUUUUUUAUUUUUUUUAUUUUUUUUUGACACAUGCAAAAUUUCUGCCCAAUGCUUUGCGAAAGAAAACUCUGAACAGAGACGUCAAUUAUUUUCCUAGCUUUUAUAUUGCUUGGUUCUGGUAAAGAAAAAGUUCAAAAUUAGAUUGUUUAGCUAGUAGAUUUGAUUGAGAUGAUAAUUUCUGAGACUUACAUGUAACCCUAUUUUUGCAUUGGGUAUCAUAAUGAUAAAUACAUUUAAAGGUUUAAAUAUAUAUUUUUGCAUUUUUGAGAGUUGUUCUACAGUCUGGGGAUUUUCAUUUUACAUGUUUGUAAAGAGAGAAGUGUAUUAAGCCAACAUUUAAUGGUGUUAUGUUGGUUUAAUUUUUUAUUUUUUUUCAGUCAGUGAAUUUUUCAUUAUUAUUACAACAAUUUUUUUCAUUCAUCAUGUCAUUGUGUUGGGAGUAACAAUCUUAAGUUUCCUAGGCACUGUUUAUAGUUCAAUAUCAGCAUACAUUUUGUUAAUACAAAAACCAUUCCAGUGUGGAUUACUUUGUUAUCUUGACAUCGGUAGUUAAUUUGUCCCAGCUAUUGGUCAUGGCUAUGCAGAUGAUUUUUUUUUUUUUUUUCAUAAAUCAUAAUCCGUCUAUUUGUUUUGUGUGUUAAGCUUUAAUAUUGAACCAUAAUUCCAAAGAUUGAAAAAAAAAUCUUGUGGUAAACUCCCAGUCCAAUAUCAAAAAGGAAAACAGGAAUAACAGAGAAAUGGCAUUGUACAGCUGACAAAAUCAAAUUUGUCACAAUGGUGGCUUGACACAAAAAUUGAUUUAUGGUUUUUAAAUACAAUUGAUGUACAUAGGAAACAAAAAUGCAAGAGAUCAAAUGUGAAUAAUUUUAAAUGCAAAUGUUCUAAACAAUGCAAGAUUUUUCUCCUUAACGUUUCUGACUUGUAGACAGUUAUGCUGAAUCAGGAAACUGUACCCAUUACAACACAACUUGAUAUUACAUAGUCGUAAGCGAUAGUUCAUGACAGCAUCAUCAGUAUAGGUGUUGAAACAAAAAUGCCGGCUAUUUAGGGCUACUCCAUAUUUAAAUAUCCGGAAUAGUCCUUAAUGUAUUGGGGCAAUAAUUUAGUGGUUUAGUUCCAUUAUUUUCCUGUUGUUAAAUGUUCCUAACUAGUAUGGCGUAUAUGAGUAACAGUCUAAGGCAAUAGGUAGGUCACAUGACAGGUUCUACCCUCAUGGAUUUCUCAUCCGAAACUUGAAUCAUAUGUAUUGUAAUUUUUUUCCUUAAUAUGGUAGUAGUGUUGUAUAAAGUUUACCUAAAGUGAAAGUAUUGUAUUUUGCUGAUUCUGGUUGUCUUUCAGUACAGCUGGAAUGAUUCGGAACAUUUUCAGAAAUCGUGUGAUAUACUUAUUAGCUGUGAAUUGAUAUUUGUAUAUUUUACAAGCUGGAGCUAGGGAAUAUAUUUCAGUAGUUACUUGUAGUUACAGUUGAAGUAACUGUCAAAUGUAGAUCUUUGUUGAUACGUUGAUGUAGUUGUGCUAUUUUGUAGUAGAAGAUAUUUGUAACUAAAACACAGUCCUGAGGGUAGAAUUUGUUACUGGCCGACUCGCACACAGAUCUGAUGGAGAGAGAUUUGACCUCACCACGGUUUGAUCUUGUAACCCUGCGUCCAGACGUCUAUGUAUAAACAGUUAUAAUGUGCCUAUUAUUAAACAAGGGAACAACUUUGAAUCGUGUUACAUAUAAAUCCACAUUUUGUAGCUUUUUUAGCCACAAAACAUGUUGAUGUUUUAUUUAUUAAUUUUUUACUGCAAAUCCCUGCAAUUUUUAGGGGUUUAUCAGUGUUAUUUAUAGAAGAUGGUGAUGAUUUCGUAUUGGAAAGAGAAAAGAUUAUGAUGUCUACAGAAUGGGUUUUUUCACGGAAGAUUUAUUAUUAUACUAUUAAAGAAGAAAGGUUUAUAUAAGAAAAAAAGAUCUUGUAUUGUGCGAAUGUUGAGAUAUUACUAUUAAUUUUUUGUAAUAAAAAGUGAAUCAUGACUUGGUUGGAGAGUAUUUCCUUUAGUGCUAUGUGUAAGGGUUUUCAUGCAUGGAAGGGGAUGUCUGAUAUUUCCCUUUGAAUUUUGACAAUUAUCCAGGCUUUUUAUGGUCAACUGUUAAUUUUUUCAAGUUCAUUAGCUCAUGAAUUCUUAUGGCCAAUGCCUACACAAUGAGCCUUCUAAUUAAACUAGCAAAAUGUUCUUUAUUUUUUCAUCAAAUUCAUCAGCUGAUGAAAACAUUUAGACACACACACAUUCCUCAAGGCACAGUAAAGCCUUUUGGACUUUAUUUUAAUAUAAUUAUCAAAAUAUUAAUGAAAAUACAUUUUGUCAUUUUACACCGUGGCCUUAUGGUUGCCCUCGUAUAUUACAGUAGAAUUAACUAUGUUUAAUUACUGCAAACCACCUGCUUAUUUCUCUGCUGUUUCUGUACUUAAAGACGUGCAUAUCUAUACUGUUUCUGAUUUUGUACUGACAUUUUCUACUGCUGUACCUCCUCGUCCAUCAAUCAUCUACCACCCUAUACAAACAUGCCUGUGCUAGGAUCAACUUGAUUUUGUUUUCUUUUCUGUACCACUGUUUUUCAUCCUGUAGUGUGUCGUACAUUAAUGGUAGUCUAUGUAUAGCUCGGUACCACAAUAUGGACUGUGAUUCCACAGAGCUCGGUACCACAAUGUGGACUGUGAUUCCACAGAGCUCGGUACCACAAUAUGGACUGUUAUUCCACAGAGCUCGGUACCACAAUGUGGACUGUGAUUCCACAGAGCUCGGUACCACAAUGUGGACUGUGAUUCCACAGAGCUCGGUGCCACACCAUGGACUGCGACUCCGCUGAGCUUAGCACUACACCAUGGAUGGUGACUCCAUGGUUUUAACACUUGACUCAGUUUCACUGGGCAAUAUUUACUUACUAUAUACUUACUACACUGUACUCUAUGUAACUGGACUGUGUUGUAGCUGUUUUCAUUAAUUUCAGUUUUUCUUCUUAAGAACUGGGCGUUCAUAUAUCUAGUGUCUGGUACUGUAGAUAGUGUUAAUCAGUGAUAGUAGGUGUCCCUGGUUUUACAUCCCUAUUCUCUUCAUCAGUAAAAGUCAAGUGUUAUACAGUUAUUGGCUUUUUAUGAGGUGAAUAGGGGUUUUGGAACCUUUAGCAAAUUUUUGACUUAAAAUCAGAGUUGUAAAUAUUUUUGUUAUUCAAAAACUGAUUUUUUGCAAAAUUUAUUAAAAUACACACUCUUUGUUGACUACAUGUUAAACUGACCUGCUUCAGGGUCUGAUCAAGAAGAUAUUUGAACAGAAAGUGGAUGCUCAAAAUAUAAUUGAACUUUCUGCAAGAGAUGUGGCUAGCAUUUCCCUUUAAACUAGCGUACAGUAUAUUUUCC